GUUGCUCUCCCUCAGACCCAGACCCAGUCCCAGAGAGCGUUGCUGCUGCAGGGCACCGACUCUCUGACCAACGCCAGUCAGAGCAUCGAGAGAACUCUUCGCAUCGCAGCCGAGACGGAUCAGGUCGGCACCGAUGUCAUCGAGGAGCUGGGAGGGCAGCGCGAGCAGCUGGACCGCGCCAGGAACAAAUUGGUGAAUACCGGAGAGAACCUCAGCAAAAGUAGGAAGAUUCUUCGAGCGUUAUCACGACGGCUGAUGACCAACAAGCUGCUGUUAGGCGUCAUCAUCAUAAUGGAGUUGGCUAUUCUAGCAGCUGCGGUUUAUCUGAAGUUCUUCCGAUGAUGAGCAAACUUUACAAUCCAGAAUCUGACUUCCUGCAGCAAAUACUUUUCAUCCAUCAAGUGAACUUUUACUCAGCGGGGAUUCGGGAUGAAACGGAAAUCUUUGAACUUGUUAAAGGACCAAAUCUACAGAAAUGUGACCUGGGAUUUGCACUUUUUCCUCAGACUGUUAUUACCCCUGAUGCUCUGCAGGGGGGGUUUUCUGGAUUUGCUGCAACAGACCCCAGAAGAGAUUUAUUCACCCCUAAGUUCAUGUCAAGAUCGUCUGGUGGCUGUACUUCAGAAGUGUUACUGAUAGAAGGUCUGGGAAUUGGAUUCUUUAUUAUUCGUCACCCAAACACUUGCAUUUUGCUUAGGACUGUCCUCUAGCUGACAUUCUUAGCUAACUAACACUACGAUUUUCCUGCAGUGCGUACUCAAAAGUAGAAAGUGUAUGCAGUGUGUGUUUUUAGAAUUGGCCGUCCUAUUCUUGUGAACGUGCUAUCUCAAUCACCUGGAGGAAAUGACUUUGAAUUUGGCACGAACAUCCAUUUUGGGCCAAGAAUGAACUGAUUACAACUUGUUGGUAAAAUGUCAAAGUCAUUGUGACCAUACCGACGAUGGUUUUGUCCAUAACCCAAUCAUUUGUUUGCUUAUUAUGUCAAUUCACCCAAAUGUCUAACAGGAUAAAAUGAUGGUGUUUAAUAUAUGUUAAACUAAGCUCCUCCACAAAGAAUCAUGCAAAAGCACCACAUUGCAUCUCUGAUUAAUAGAUUUGCUCUGGAAUAAGUAAUUCAGCCUGGAAAAAAAGCAUUUCAAAUGAAUAAUCAACUCCGAUAUCGACCAUUAAGUGGAUUUAGAGGGGGCAGCCCUUAUUGUGCCAUUAUAUAAUAACAGUAUUUGAUGAAAUGGCACCAGUUUAAUCUGUCAUCAUGCCCAGUUUCCCAAUGCUGUCAUAAGCUUGAGAUGUCGAUAAAAAAAUAUGGUCGGAAGCUUUUACUACAUGCUAUGUUCUUAACAGUAAAUAAUGUCUGUCUAAUCACUGUAUAAUACAGAAAUCACUAUUUAAAAA